GCGGUCCCGGGGGCGGUCCCGGGGGCGGCGAUGGGCGCGGGGAUGGCGCCGGCCGGCCAGAGAGGCCCCCAGGCGGACUUUGAGGAGACCAUUCACCGGCUCAAACUUCAAGACGCCCUGCGCCAGAAGGAGCGCUAUCACAAGGAACACGAAGAGAUACUCAGGGACAUCCGGCAAGGUCUGCUGCGACUAGAACCGGAGGGCUCCAGGCUCGAUGACACCUACAUGUACGACACGGAGCUGAUGGCGGCGACGGCCAGCCAGGCGGGGCCCGGGGGCAGCUCCGGGAACCACCCGGGCCACCCGGGCCACCCGGGCCACCAGAGCCACCAGGGCCACCAGGGUGCCGCCGGGAGGUCGGGCCCCGGCGGCGCGCAGGGAGCGCAGGGACUGCACCUGGGCCACUGGUACGACGAGCCGCCGUACGAGAGCGACCCGGAGGACUUCCUCAUGACCGUCCCCCCCGGAGCCAUGGUCCCCAACGGAAGUUCGCAGAUGGCCAUCGGGUAUCCCUGGGACCAGCAGCACGUUGUUAUGCUGAAAAAGCAUCAAUACAGGUGUCGGAGUAGUCAGAGCGAAGGCACCUUAAGUCCAUGUAGAAGUCCUGAUCUGAUUGAGUCACAACCUCAGAUGGAGGCCCAGCCAAGAAGCACGUCCCUUGUCGGACGCAUGAAAGGCCUAAGACAAGACGUUCAAAGGAAAAUAUCUAGAUUAAGAGGACUCACUGGCUCCAACAGCAAUAAUGGUCCAUCCGGGUACAGGUGCUCUGAGCGCUCUGAACAAGCCAUUCCAUUAGAACCCCUGCCCGCUGCGAGCUCCAUGGAGAGCCUCCCUUCAGGCUCCGGCUCAAGUACUCAGGCAUUGGUUCGAGAGGGCAGCAAUGAAAGUUCCCUGUCUCCAAUCGUCAGCCACGAUGCUUGUCCCAUGAUCGGGCAAGCGAGGGCUCUAGUUGACUCUAAUCCUAGUCCAUAUGAUAAAGAUGCUCUUAAAUUUAAGAAAGGUGAUAUUAUUGACAUACUUGCCAUGAGCCCCAGUGGAAUGUGGCGAGGUCGUCUUAGGGGAUGUAUAGGCUACUUCAAGUUCAUCAACGUUGAAGUAAUUCCUGGCAGUGUAGGGCUCAUGCAGAGGCCUCCUCGAGCUCACCUGAAAGGCAGGCCACGAAAUGUGGAGGAGCUGCUCAGAAGGGUAAACUUAGAGGAAUGCAUCUCUGUAUUCGUAUUGAAUGGGUAUGAAGACAUUGAGUCUUUCAAGGAUCUCCGUGAAGAAGACCUGGACUACCUGGGAAUCAAGUCGACGGACACUAGGGCCAAGAUCAGAGCGGCCAUCCGGCUUCUUCAUGACUACGACUGCACGGCAGACAACAGCCACGGCGAGACGGACUCCGGCGGGGAGGAGGACGACGAGGACGAGGAAGACGAGGACGACAGCUCGUCGGGCUCGGAGCUGGGUCUCGGCGGCCAGCCCCAGCCGCUGCCUCUGGCGGGGAAGUUCCCGCCCGGGAUGGGGCUGCCGCCUCCGCCCUUCACCGGGCUGCCCCUGCCGCCCCCGCAAGGGGUGGCGUCGCAGUCGCACGGCGGGGGCGGCGGGGGCGGCUACCCCGGCCAGGGCUGCAAGCAACAGGAAGAAUGUGAUCUGAAGCACUGCUAUGUCAUGACCUUGUUGUGA